GCGCCUGACGAAGCAUUUAUACUUCCUACUUUGGGAUAUAAAUAAAUAGGGAUGUCCUGAUGAGCAUGACAUAUUUAAAAGGACAUGUGGGCAGCACUGAAAGUGGUUCUUCUUUGGAUUCCUGUCCUGGUUACAGGCUCAACAGUGGAUUUUAUUUGUGAAACAGCAGCAGAAUAUUCACUUUCUGUAAUAAUAUUACUAAAUGAUCAUUGUCCUGAAAUCUGGAUAAAGGAAAUCUUUCAAAAUCCAAGAAUUCCAGUGGUCAUCCUCUCAACUACCGAUGUUUAUGUGAAAUCUCAGGAGUUUUCUCGACCGCUACAUGUUCAGUGCCUUCCUGGACAGGAUCUGCAGCAGGAUCUGGAGCUACUCCAAAAAGAAAUUAAUCCUUUGAAGGACUUUCCUACUCAAAAGAAGCUUAUCUAUGUAACCAAUAGAUCCGCUGAUGGAACCCGAAUGGAAUCCCUCCUUGAAACCUUCUACAGGCGAAGGAUGCCAAACAUCAUUGGACUCUUAGCUGCAGAUGAGCAUCUUUACUUCUACAGAUAUAACUCAUAUCCUACUUUCAAAACAGAGCAGCUCCCUCUUCAAUCUUCAAUCAUCUUUGACCGGGAAUUCCCCAACAUGCAAGGUCAUCCUCUGAUUGUCAUGCCCGACCAAUGGCUUCCUCGUUCUAUACUCUAUGCGGACAGACGAACGGGUAAGCAAGUCCUGGCUGGAUCUGUGGGCCGGUUUAUCCAUGUGCUGGCCUGGAAACUCAACGCUACUCUGCAGCUUGCCCCGACGGUGACUUCUGGGCGCUUCCUCCAUGCCGCUGACCUGCAGAAGCUGGGCAAGAGCAUGUGCAUUGACGUUCCUGCCAGUAUGUCGAUGGUAGAGCGAGGAGAGCAGUUGGCUCGCACCAGUUAUCCUCUGGAGCUGACCCACAUCUGUCUGAUGAUCCCGGUGGCCCAGGAAAUUCCCCUGAGGGACAUAUACUUCCUCCUGAGCAGUGUUUCCAACAUGCUACUGGCUGUGGGCAUUGUUUUCACCUACGGAUUAGUUUUCAGCCUCAUCCGGAAGAUAAACAAUCGCGAUGUCCAUCUGGCUGACUUUCUGCUGAAUGACAGAGCCUUACGUGGAAUAUUGGGCCAGUCCUUCAGGAUGCCUUCGCCGAGAAGUAGUUCCAGCAGGUGGAUAUACGUGGUGCUGGGAAUUGUGGGUCUCAACGUGAGCAGCAUCUUUGAGGCAGCCUUGGAAACGAUGAUGGCGCAUCCGCCGCGGGAAUUUCAAGCCCGGAGUUUCAGUGAUCUCCAGCGCACGCGAAUUCCUUUGGUUACCACCGAAGAUGACUUGCACACUUUGGUGGAUCUUCAUCUGACCUUGCUGGUGGUCAAUGUGAGUGAGUACCAUCACCUGAGAAAUGGCCGGAACUCAAGCAACAGCUACUUCGCCUCUCGAUUGCAUUGGACUUUGUUCAGUGAGCAGCAGAAGCGCUUCUCCCGGGAGCUGUUCAUUUACUCCAUGGACGCCUGCCUGUGGUCGCUGGCUUUGUUCUCCUUCCAGUGGCCGCAGAGCUCCUUAUUCGCAGAUCCAGUCAGCAAACUCAUCCUGGACGUGAGGGCCAAUGGGCUGUAUCAGUUCUGGGUGGGAAUGCAUCACUUCGACAUGACAGAGGCCGGUUUGGCCAGCAUGGAAGAUCCCAGUCUGCGGCGGAAUGAAGUGAUGGAGACUUCCGCCUUGCAGUUGGUCGACCUGCAGUGGGUGUGGUUGGCCUACGGAACGCUCCUCGGGAUUGCGCUGCUGAUAUUCCUGCUGGAGGUUUCCUGGAGGAGCAUCUCUGGUUCUCUAUUCAUUCACACAUUUAUUGGAUAA